UUCAACUCCACUCAAACCAAUUUCACCUGUAUUUUGAAGUUUAAAACAAUUAUUAUUGUCCUCAAUUUUUUUUACAUACAAAUACAAAUUUCUCAAAAAUUCUAAAAAUACAGAUUAGGAUUUGAAGAAAAAAAAUGGCGAAUAAUAUAACCUUGACUGGUUUGUUGAAGAAGGCAGCCGCAGAAUUUUCCGAUCGACGAGCUAUUUUAGUUUCCGGUAAAUUCCAUUUGACUCAUGCCCGAUUACAGGAGAUUGUUGAUCACGCUGCUUCUCUCUUACUCGCCUCCGGCGUCGGCCACGGCGAUGUCGUUGCUCUCACCUUUCCCAAUACCAUCGAGUAUAUUGUGAUGUUCUUGGCCGUGAUUAGGUGUCGAGCCGUAGCCGCGCCGCUGAACUCGGCUUACACAGCUGAGGAGUUCGAGUUCUACCUCUCUGACUCAGAAUCGAAACUGCUCAUUACGCCACCUAAAGGAAUCGAGGCGGCUCGAGCCGCGGCUUCGAAACUCAACAUUACUCACGUGACAGCCACCCUCCCCGGAGGCGACGGCCUCAUCGCUCUCUCUCCUUCUCCCAAUAACGAGUCGAGCCUCGACGCGGUCGCCGAACUCACAAACGAUCCGUCCGACGUGUCACUCUUCCUCCACACCUCCGGCACGACGAGUCGUCCCAAGGGAGUUCCCCUAACGCAGCUCAACUUGGCAUCGUCGGUUCAGAACAUAAAAUCGAUCUACAAACUCUCUGAGUCGGACUCGACCGUAGUGGUUCUCCCUUUAUUCCACGUACACGGAAUGAUCGCCGGUUUGCUGAGCUCGCUCAUCGCCGGAUCAGCCGUGACUCUGCCGGCGGCCGGAAGAUUCUCCGCCUCGACGUUUUGGUCGGACAUGAUCGCGUGCAACGCAACGUGGUAUACAGCGGUCCCUACGAUUCACCAGAUCAUUCUCGACCGCCACCUCAACAAGCCAGAGCCAACUUACCCAAAGCUGCGGUUUAUUCGGAGCUGCAGCGCCUCGUUAGCGCCGACGAUAAUGGGUCGGCUCGAGGAGUCAUUCGGCGCGCCGGUCUUGGAGGCGUAUGCAAUGACGGAAGCUGCUCAUUUAAUGGCUUCAAACCCAUUGCCGGAAGAUGGAGGCCACAAACCUGGCUCAGUUGGUAAGCCAGUGGGCCAAGAGAUGGCAAUUUUGGACCUGAAUGGGUCGGCCCAAUUACCAGGCUUCAGUGGCGAGGUUUGUAUUAGAGGGCCCAAUGUAACCAAAGGUUACAAGAAUAACCCAGAAGCUAACAAAGCAGCUUUUCAAUUCGGAUGGUUUCACACCGGUGAUGUCGGUUACUUCGACGAAGAUGGUUAUUUGCACCUUGUUGGCCGGAUUAAGGAGCUCAUCAACCGUGGAGGGGAAAAGAUAUCACCAAUUGAAGUAGAUGCAGUGCUUUUAUCGCAUCCAGACUUAGCUCAGGCAGUGGCUUUUGGAGUACCUGAUGAUAAAUAUGGUGAAGAGAUCAAUUGCGCUGUAAUUCCAAGGGAAGGAUCAGAGGUAGACGAAGAUGGGGUUUUACGUUUUUGCAAGAAAAACCUUGCAGCUUUCAAGGUCCCAAAGAAGGUCUUCAUAACUGACUCUCUGCCCAAGACUGCCACCGGGAAGAUCCAACGGCGGAUCGUGGCCGAGCACUUCCUUGCUCAAAUCUCCACCGCCAAAGUCCCCAAGUUUGGUGCUUAAUUUUGUCAAUGAUUAUAUAUAUUAUUUGUGACUUUGGUUACAUGAAAUUUCCCAAAGUCAUAACAGUCCACUCUUGACAUUUUUCAACACAAUCUCUUUUUUCUUCAAAGACUGCAUAUGUAUUAAUGUUUUUUCUUUCAUUCUUUUAUAUAUUUUCAUCUCUCAAUACUUGGUAUGUGGACUUUAACAAACAAACUAAAGAUUUGGGUGAGUCCACAUUUUGAGAAUCGAGAGGAAAGUGUAAAAAAGAUUGAAAAAAAGAGUGCUUGCAUUUGUCUAUAUUUAGAGUGGAUUAUUUUAUUUAUGUAAUAAGACAAAUUUAGUUACAAAGCUUAUUUUGUCA